UCAAUCCUUUGUGGUGGAGGCUUGUUUUUUUUUUUUUUACCGACAGCACAAACCGAGCCGCCUGGCAGCACAGUGUUGCUUCAUCAGAUUUACCCUGGCCCAGUUCGCUCUGACCACAUGGCCGUCCAGCUGCAGCGCCCCCUCGUGGCUGCGGCCUGUUUGCUGCUGUGCGGUGUGAUGAGCGGGGUCCUGGGAGCUCCUGACCCCAGCUACAGAGAGGCCCUCAUGCAGCUGGAGAGCUCCAUGCAGACCGGGGGCCGGCUGGUUCUGUCCCCGGCAGAGCGGCGGCUGGACCAGCGGCUGCAGCAGCUGAAGGAGGCGGAGAUGAAGAAGCCGGACUUCCCCCCCGCCCUGCACUUCUUCAAGGCCAGGAGCCUCAUCCGGAGCAGCCCCAUGUACAGCCUGCUGCAGAAGAUGCCCAAAGGGGGAGCCCUCCACAUCCACGACUUUUCCAUGGUAGACGCCGAGUGGCUGGCGAUGAACGUGACCUAUCGGCCGAACUGCUACAUGUGCGUCACCGGCGAGCAGUCCAUGAGAUUCCUCUUCUCGUCCAGCUCGCCCAAACCUCUGCCGCUCUGCUCGCCCUGGAUGCAGCUGGAGCACCUCAGGGCCAAGAUGGUCAACACCACAGAUCUGGACAACAGCAUCAAAGCCAGCCUGACCAUCUUCACUGAUCAGGAUCCAGAGGCACUUUACCCCAGCCAGGAUGUGGUGUGGAAGAGGUUCGAGCAGGCCUUCAUGUCGCUCUGGGGUCUGGUCACAUACGCUCCCGUCUUCAGAGACUAUUACUACCAAGGCCUCUCCCAGUUCUACAAGGACAACGUCAUGUAUCUGGAACUGCGGGCCUUACUCCCACAGAUAUAUGAGCUGGACGGCAGCACGCACGACAGAGCGUGGACCCUGAAGACCUACCAGGAGAUCACCAGGCAGUUUGUGGCAGAGCACCCAGACUUCUUUGGGGCAAGGAUCAUCUUCACGGUCCACAGGGGUGUUAAUACAACAUUGUUGACUGCGGCUAUCGAGGAAGCAAUGAGGCUGCAGAAAGACUUCCCAGAGAUCAUGGCUGGUUUUGACCUGGUGGGCCGUGAGGACGCCGGCAGAUCCCUCUGGUACUUCAGAGACGUUUUGUCUCUGCCAGCGAAGAGAGGAGUCUCUCUGCCUUUCUUCUUCCAUGCUGGAGAGACUGAUCUUGAGGGUACAGAGGUGGACCAGAACCUGCUGGAUGCGCUGCUGUUCAACACGUCGCGCAUCGGUCAUGGAUUUGCUCUUUUGCGCCACCCAGUGGCUAAAAAUCUCUCCAGGAAGAGAGGGGUAGCUGUGGAGGUCUGCCCCAUCUCCAACCAGGUGCUGAAGCUGGUAGCUGACGUGCGAAACCAUCCGGCGGCUGUGCUGAUGUCCGAGGGCCACCCGCUGGUCAUCAGCUCCGACGACCCCGCCAUGUUUGGCUCCUCUGGGCUCUCCGAUGACUUCUACGAGGCGUUCGUGGGCCUCGGGGGGAAGAGCUCCCACAUAGGCACUCUCAAACAACUGGCUGUAAACUCCAUCAGGUAUAGCUCUUUGUCUCCAGAGCAACAGGAAAAAGCCCUGUCUCUUUGGCAGAGAAGAUGGGAUAAGUUUGUCUCUGAAAACUCAUUUUAACAUCAGUUUGUUUUUGUUUUUUUAGUCAUAAUGUCUUUAGGUCAAACUUGAUUAUUGUGCCUUCAUGCUGCGUUUGAGGAAAGGAAAACUUUUAGCACAGCUUGAAUUGUGAAUGGAAAUGGGGAGUGUGAAUUCUGCUGGUUGUACAUGCAGGUCAGUGGGAAGCUGCAACAAAGCUGGGUUUUGAUUGAAAUCGGCUUAUACUGCCCCCCAGUGGAACGGGCUCUAUACAGCCAGAGGUGCAAUCAGUCAGAGCAGAGCGCACCAGGAUCUGAGCCGAAAUAAUUUCAAGAAACAGUUUCAAUCAAAAGUAUUUCUUUAUGUGUCUUUUUUUAUUUGCUAAGGAUUUUAUUUGCACUGUUAUUGAAGAUUGGAUUUAUCCGUUUUGCUGUGGACAGUUAUAUUUCCACUCAGCACUGCUUACUGUUCAAAGUGCAUAAGCUGAAUGAGUUAUCAUUGUUAUAUUUGUGGCUUUUGUGACGUGAGAUAAUCAUUGCUACUUUUUUGCUGGGUAUAAAAACCUUUGGCAUUUGAUUUUGAUUUUUUUUUUUACUUGGUGCUAUGAUUUUGAUGAGGGGUGAUUUAUUCAGUUCAACUUUUACAAAACCUGAGCCAAGACAUUCUUUGUGAACAUUAUCAGCUGACAGUGAUUUAAAAUAUGGGUCCAUUUGUGGGUCAUAACCGCACAAUAAUUCAACUUAUUGAGAUGCGAGAGCUCUAACCAUCAGUGAGAGUCUGCAAAACAAUUUCCUUUGUCAGUGUCAUGGGAAUAGUGUCAUAUUCAAUCUCCUCUUUGACCAGAGAUUGUAACCUUGCACAGGAGGGACUUAUUUAUGUCCACAUAAAUCAAAUGCACUAUACUUGAAAGCACGUGUCAUCUCCCGUUCUUAAACAGCCAACUGUGAUAAGCACGAAUGUGAGCAUUAAUCAUUUUGUGAACUGAAAAAUUAAAAUAAACUUGAGAUCAUGUAAAAA